AAAGGCAGCAGCAGCAGAGGGGCAGAGGAGAGAGCAGUUGCACUCUGACAGAGCAAGAUGCGCGUCCUUGCUGUCCUCUGGACAUUCAGCUUCCUGCUGAAGGAGGCGCAGGCAUGGGGCUUCAAAAAUGGAAUAUUUCAUAACUCAAUAUGGCUGGAACAAGCAGCUGGAGUUUACCACCGGGAAUCGCGUAAAGGGAGAUACCAGCUGACAUUUAAAGAGGCCAAGGCUGUCUGCAAAUAUGAAGGAGGGAAGCUGGCCACUUACGAACAACUGGAGGCAGCUCGUCAAAUAGGUUUCCACGUGUGUGCAGCUGGGUGGUUUGACAAAGGGCGUGUUGGCUACCCCAUCGUCAAAGCUGGCGCCAACUGUGGUUUUGGGAAGAUUGGAAUCGUCGACUACGGAUACAGGCUGAACAAAAGUGAGAGAUGGGACGUGUACUGCUACAACCCACACUCCAAGGAGUGUGGCGGGGUGCUGACAGAUCAGCAGAGGAUCAUUCAGUCUCCUGGCUUCCCUGAGGAGUAUCAAGACGAGCAGAUCUGCUACUGGCACAUCCGUGUGCGCCUGGGCCAGAGGAUCCAACUCCACUUCCUAGAGUUUGAUGUGGAGGACGACACAGCGUGUCUAGGAGAUUACCUGGAUGUGUACGACAGCUAUGAUGAUGUCUCCGGCUUUGUUGGGAGAUUCUGUGGCGAUUAUUUACCUGACGACAUCGUCAGUACAGGAAAUGUGAUGACGCUGAAGUUCCUGUCCGAUGCUUCAGUUACAGCCGGGGGCUUCAAGUUACAUUACACUGCCUUUAAUGCAUCUCUGUUUUCACAGAAUCACACUCAUUAUUUCCACUGACAAAUGGUUCAAUACACUGAUAUAAUCCUGUUGCUGUAUUUAUGAUGUUACUGGUUAGCUCAUGAACUGUAAUUAAUAAGUCUCUAAAGCUGAUUAAACAACAAAUUCUGUCAAAUAAACAAGGUCCUUAAA